GUUGGUGGACCGGUGUUAGUUGAGGACACGUCUCUGUGUUUUAACGCAUUGGGCGGUCUGCCUGGUCCAUAUAUCAAAUGGUUUCUGGACAAGACGGGCCAUACAGGUCUAAACAACCUGCUGAUGGCGUACGAGGACAAGAGUGCGUAUGCUCUGUGCACGUUCGCAUACUCUCAGGGUCCUGGGCAUGAGCCGGUGGUCUUCAGCGGCAAGUGCCAUGGAUCAAUUGUUCCUGCGCGUGGGCCGCAUGCUUUUGGGUGGGAUCCAAUUUUCCUUCCCGAUGGUUUCGACACCACAUUCGCAGAGAUGGACAAAGACGUUAAGAACACCAUCUCGCACCGGUCUCGGGCGCUCGCUCAGGUUAAAACUUUUCUGGAGUCUAAAAACUAG